GGGGGUUGGCCAGUUCGGCGCUGGCCCGGGGAUGUGGAGCGGCGGGCGUCCUGACAGCGUGUCAGGUGGCUACGGACCCCGUGAGAAUCCUAUUCUAAGAACACAGGAACUCAGGUAUCUACCAUGGUGUUGGGUCCUGAACAGAAGAUGCCAGAUGGUGAUGCUUCUGGGGACCAUGCGGACACUGUCAGUGUUGGUGCCAUCAACCCGGCCUAUAGUAACUCCUCCCUCACACAGUCCACUGAACCCUCAGAGGAACCCUUUGCCACAUACUUUGAUGAGAAGAUUGCCAUUCCUGAAGAGGAGUACUCCUGUUUCAGCUUUCGUAAACUCUGGGCAUUUACGGGACCAGGCUUUCUUAUGAGCAUUGCCUAUUUGGAUCCAGGAAACAUUGAAUCUGAUUUGCAGUCUGGAGCAGUAGCUGGAUUUAAGUUGCUCUGGGUCCUUCUACUGGCCACCAUUGUGGGUCUGCUACUCCAGCGCCUUGCAGCUAGACUGGGAGUGGUCACUGGGCUACAUCUUGCUGAAGUAUGUCACCGUCAGUACCCGAAGGUUCCACGAAUCAUCCUGUGGCUGAUGGUAGAGUUGGCUAUCAUUGGUUCAGAUAUGCAGGAAGUGAUUGGCUCAGCCAUUGCCAUCAAUCUCCUGUCUGUUGGAAGGGUUCCCCUGUGGGGUGGAGUUCUAAUCACCAUUGCAGACACUUUCGUAUUUCUGUUUUUGGACAAAUAUGGCUUGCGGAAGCUUGAAGCAUUUUUUGGCUUUCUCAUCACUAUAAUGGCUCUCACAUUUGGAUAUGAGUAUGUUACAGUGAAACCCAACCAGAGCCAAGUACUCAAGGGCAUGUUUGUGCCUUCCUGUUCUGGCUGUCAUACGCCACAGAUUGAGCAGGCAGUUGGCAUUGUGGGAGCUGUGAUCAUGCCACACAACAUGUACCUACACUCUGCUUUGGUCAAGUCUAGACAGGUAAACCGGGCCAGUAAGCAGGAAGUUCGAGAAGCAAAUAAGUACUUUUUCAUUGAGUCCUGCAUUGCUCUCUUUGUUUCCUUCAUUAUAAACGUCUUUGUCGUCUCCGUCUUUGCUGAAGCAUUUUUCGGGAAAACCAAUGACCAGGUGGUUGGUGUCUGUAAAAACAGCAGCAGUCCCCAUUCUGGCCUUUUUCCUGAGGAUAACUCAACUCUGGCUGUGGACAUCUACAAAGGGGGUGUUGUGCUGGGAUGUUACUUUGGACCUGCUGCACUCUACAUCUGGGCAGUGGGGAUCCUUGCUGCAGGACAGAGUUCCACCAUGACAGGAACCUAUUCCGGUCAGUUUGUCAUGGAGGGGUUCCUGAACCUAAAAUGGUCACGUUUUGCCCGAGUGAUUCUGACACGCUCCAUUGCCAUCAUCCCCACUCUGCUUGUUGCUAUCUUCCAAGAUGUAGAGCACCUAACUGGGAUGAAUGACUUCCUGAAUGUUCUGCAAAGCUUACAGCUUCCCUUUGCUCUCAUACCUAUCCUCACAUUCACAAGCUUGCGGCCAGUAAUGAGUGACUUUUCUAAUGGAAUAGGCUGGAGAAUUGCAGGCGGGAUCUUGGUCCUUAUUGUAUGUUCCAUCAACAUGUACUUUGUAGUGGUUUAUGUCCAGGACCUAGGGCAUGUGGUGUUGUAUGUGGUGGCUGCAGUGGUCAGUGUGGCAUAUCUGGGCUUUGUGUUCUACUUGGGUUGGCUGUGUUUGAUUGCAUUGGGCAUGUCCUUCCUGGAUUGUGGGCGCACGUACCAUCUGGGAUUGACAGCUCGGCCUGAACUCUACCUUCUGAAUACCAUGGAUGCUGACUUACUUGUGUCUAGAUGAC